CAUGAGCCUAAAAACACGCAGCAUCGUGUUUGUAACGUUCUUUACCAGCUGCCUGAUCGUUGGACUGCUUGUGGCCAGUCUCACCACCAACAACUGGAUACAGGGCAGUGCUAAGCGGAGAAAUUUUACCGAAUCUAGCGGUCAAAUCAAUUUCGGACUGUUCCAGGGCCAUCGACGUUUGAAUGUUGGGUUUGGAUUGAGGGAUUACAAAAUUGAUGUCCCGGCAAUGAUUCGCAAUGAGCCGGAUGUGAUGAGUUACUGGUUAUGGCUUGGUUCAGCCCUUGGCACCGGUUUCGGUAUUCUAGGAGGCGUGAUCACAGCGAUCGCAUCGGUACUAAAGUCAGCAUCCGCUUCGAAGAAAACCGGCACCAUGGUAGUGUUGUUGGUGAGCAACCUUUUUACCGGAUUCUCCCAAACAAUCGCACUUGUUUGUUGGCUCGUACAGUUCUACAACUAUCUAACGCACAACGUACUGCUGGCCGAAGAUCGUAACAACAACUGGUACAGUACAGGACUGACGAUGCUCGGAUCAAGCUUUUACUUCAUCCCUGCCGGAAUUGUGCUAGUUGUGCUGAAUUUGAUCUUACUUAUUGCCGCCACACGGCUCGAACACCGCGAAAGGAAAAAGUUUUUGAAUCCGCCUACGGACGAUAAAACACAGGGGGCUAUUAUGCUGUACUGAAGG